AAAAAGUAAGUAUUAAUAUGUUUAAAAAAAUAAGAAAAAAAAUUUUAUUAUAUGUUAAAUUUUAUUUAUUAGAAAAUAGUAUUAUUUCUAUAAAGAUUUUUAUUAUAUAUCAAUAUAAAUCAACUUUAAAACACAUUAAUAAAAUUCAUAAUAUUUUUUUAAAAUUUUCUUAUUCGAUAUUAACCUAUACUACAAAAUCUUUCUCCCACGUUUAUAAUCGAUCGAAGGAAACGUUUGGAAAAUAUUUAUUACUAAAGUAUUUUAUAUAUAUAAUAUAAAAGAAUACGUGAUAAAAGUAUAUUAUAAUUGUGUAAAAAUAAAUUAAUUUAAACAUUUUUACAUGAAAUUAAAAUAGAAUUUAUUUCGGAAAUAAAUUUUUUAAUUCUAAAUAUUAAUGUGAAUAUUUGUGAAUCAAAGAGGUUAUGUUGUUGUUGUAUCAUUUUUAUAAACUUAUAUAUAAAGAAUAUUAGAAUAAAAUAAAAUAAAAAUUUUUUAAUUUUGUAAUCAAAAUAUACAAAUAUGCCCACUUGGAAUCAAAUUCAAGCUCAACUUCGAAAUCCAAAUAAUCCGGUAGUAUUUUUCGAUGUAUCCGUGGGUACUACAGAAAUCGGACGAAUGAUUUUUGAACUCUUUGAAGAUGUUUGUCCAAAAACAUCGGAAAAUUUUCGGCAAUUUUGCACUGGAGAAUAUAGAAAAGACGGUGUACCUUUGGGUUUUAAAGGUGCCAUAUUUCAUAGAGUUAUUAAGGAUUUCAUGAUCCAGGGUGGUGAUUUUGUAAAUGGUGACGGUACUGGAGUCAUAAGCAUCUAUGGUGGCGGAACCUUUCCUGAUGAAAAUUUCACAUUAAAACAUGACUCACCUGGAUUAUUAUCCAUGGCAAAUAGUGGUAAAGAUACUAAUGGUUGUCAAUUUUUCAUCACAUGUGCCAAGUGUAAUUUCUUGGAUGGUAAGCAUGUUGUUUUUGGAAGAGUUAUCGAUGGACUUCUAGUUAUGAGGAAGGUAGAAAAUGUUCCCACAGGGCCAAACAAUAAACCAAAAAUUCCUGUGACAAUAUCUCAAUGUGGACAAAUGUAAUGAUUUAAAUAAUUGUAAUUUAUAUUUUUUUAUGUAAGUUAGAGAUAAAAUAUGCUUAUAUAAACAAUGUUUCAUAAUUCUUAAAAAUGAAA